AUGAAUUUUUCAGACGACGAUUCUGAGUUCUCAAUUGUCGUACAUCCCCAAAAGCUCAACGAGGUAGAGGCCUCCGUUGUAAAACCGUCAGACGUAGCUAUUGAACCGGAGCUUAAUCCAGCGUGGGUCGAUGAUGAAGACAAUACCACUAUUGGCAACGCUGUUCUAAGUCAACCAGCCAUUCUUGACAUUCAUUCGCACAUUGCUCGCAAGCGGCAACGAAUUUCUGAUGUUGAAAAAUUAUAUGAUGUCCUUGGGAAAGAUUCUCAAGAUGUUUUGGAUUACAAUACUCGAAUUUUUCGUAUGAGUGAUGCAAACAUGGAAAGGCUGUCUUCUGCUCCUUUAACGUCUUUUGAUAAAAAGGAAUCUACACUUCUUGCGGACUGUGUUUUUGAACGAUUCCCAAUUUCCUGUGCGAAGUUUACCACCCAAGGUGACAGAGUUAUUCUUGUUGCAAAGAAGCACUAUUUUAAAGUGUACGAUAUGUCCACCAGCAAAGUAACCCAUCCAAAAAUCCCCUUUGAUGCAGAAUACGGUGAACGCGUUUCCUCUGUACAGAUUUCUCCUCAAAAUGAAAUUGGAGCGUUUCUGGGGUCUUACGGAGUGUAUAUAGUCGAUCUAAGGAGUUAUGAAAAGCUAAACACUUCUCGCGUAAGUGGUUCCGCUGUUGCCCACUGCUUUUCCCAAGACGGAAAUCUUCUCAAUGCUUUCUCAAGCGACGGCUCAAUCUUCGUCUUCGACAUGAGAAAGAACGCUCUUCCAAUGCAUCGGUGGUAUGAUUACAGUUGUGUGGGCGGUUGCAGUCUCGCUAUCUCGAAUGACUCCAAGUAUAUCGCUUGUGGUUCGGAAUCUGGUUACGUAAAUAUCUACACUUGGGAAUCAGUGAUGAAGAAUUUGACUAAACGUCCGAAACCACAGAAAACGGUAGGGAAUUUGGUCACAGCUGUGGAUCAGUUACGUUUCCAUCCAUCCGGGGAGAUGCUCUUCAUGUCUUCCUCUCUCGAACCGGGCGCUGCUAGAUUGUAUGACAUCGAGAACCAACGCGUUCAUGCUUCUUUCCCUGCCUGCAUGGGACGUUUAGGCAAGCCGGUUUCGGUUGGGUUUAGCCCUCGUGGAGGUUACCUCGCAGUUGGACAGUCAGGGGGUCGCGCUGCUCUUUACUGCCUUGACUGGUGUGGGAGCAAGUAUUGA